AUGAAUAGAUUUGAUAAAAUGUUUACUUGUGAUGGUUAUCCACAACAAGAUGAAAAUUCUGUUGGUUUUCGAUUAUUAUUAGAACAACGACCAUGUGUAUUCAAACAAUCAAUUGCUCGCGAUACUGGUCUUGUUCUUAAAUAUUAUGCAUUACCAAUAUGUCAAUUAGAACCGUUAUGUCGUAAUAAUUAUGUUCCAUUGUUUAAACAAAUCAUAUGUCAAGAAGAUGGACGAUAUAAUUAUCCAAGAACAGUUUGUUUACCAAUUAAAUAA